AACCUGAUCCGAACCUGAGGUCCGUGUCUAGAAACCGAGGCUCGGUCACAAAAAAAGCCAAAACACACCCACUCACUCACACUCAAAAAAUUAAUGGAACCCAACCCAAAGCAAGAGAGAGAAACCCAAACAGGGUUUUAGAGAGAGAGAGAAAAACACAUUUCUAGAGAGAGAAACUCAAGCAUGGGUCAGAUCGUGAGGAGGAAGAAGAAAGGACGACCUUCUAAAGCAGAUCUAGCUCGCCGUUCCGGUCAAUCUCCGUCGACGACUCAAUCUGACUUACGACGGAGUCGACGGCGGCGGAAUGUGAGGUAUCCUAUCAUUGACUUUGAUGAUUAUCUUGAUGAGGAUGAGGAGGAAGAAGAAGAUGAAGAUGAGAGGAGGAGAGAGAAGAAGAAGUUGAAGCUUGUUGAGAAGUUGAACCAGGGUGUGGAUGAGGAAGAAGAUGAGGAUGAUGAAGAGGAUUUGAAGACCAGUCGCGGUAGGUCGCGUGUGGGACACGCGCCUGAGUUUAAGAAACGGAAAAAUGGAAGAAAAAGUGUAGAUAGGGUUGAUGAUGAUGAAGAGGAUGAGGAAAAUGAAGAAGAUGAAAGAGAAGAGGAAGAAGAAAUAGUUGAAGGAGAUAAUGAAAAUGCUGAAGAACAUGAAGAUGAUGAAGAAGAAGGUGAAGCUGAUAGGGGUGAGGUAAAGGGUAUAAAAGUGGAUGAUUCUAAAGGGCUCCACUCUGUUACAGGAACCCCUUUGAAGGCUCUGUCCGGGAUUCCGUUGCCGUUGCCAGAUAAGAGGACCCUUGAAUUGAUCCUUGACAAGCUUCAAAAGAAGGACACAUAUGGUGUGUAUGCUGAGCCAGUUGAUCCGGAAGAGCUUCCUGAUUAUCAUGAUGUCAUUGAUAAUCCCAUGGACUUUGCCACCGUGCGGAAGAAGUUGGCAAAUGGAUCUUAUACUACAUUGGAACAAUUCGAGAGUGAUGUAUUUUUGAUUUGUUCAAAUGCAAUGCAGUACAAUUCGUCAGAUACUAUAUACCACAAACAGGCACGCUCAAUACAAGAACUAGCUAGAAAGAAGUUUGAGAAGUUAAGGAUCAACUUGGAACGCUCUCAGAGUGAGCUGAAAUCUGAACAAAAAACAGGAUCCAAUUCCUUAGGUAAGAAGCUGGCCAAAAGGCCACUUGGUUAUACUUCACAGGAACCUGUUGGCUCUGAUUUCUGCUCUGGUGCGACUCUUGCUACUACUGGAGAUGUACUGCCAAUUUCCCAUCCAAUUUCCCAUCCAAUGCAAGGUAUCCUCUGUGAAAGGCCUGGCAACAUUGAUGGUCUUUUGGGAAGUUCUUUCUUUAUUGAUGCAAAUCAAGAGAAAGCAGAAGACUUCAUAUCAGGGAAAGGCCUUCUCUCCAAGAUGGGAAGGAAAUCAACUGUGCAAGAAUAUGAACGUCGUGCUACUUAUAACAUGUCUAAUCUACCAGUUACUAGAUCUGAUUCAGUAUUUACGACAUUUGAGAGUGAACUUAAGCAGUUAGUUACUGUUGGACUUCAAGCUGAAUAUUCCUAUGCCAGGAGUUUGGCUCGUUAUGCUGCAACUCUAGGACCUACUGCUUGGCGAAUAGCUUCCCAGAAGAUUCAACAGGCACUGCCAUCGGGCUGUAAAUAUGGUCGAGGUUGGGUUGGAGAGUAUGAACCACUUCCAACCCCAGUAUUGAUGCUUGAUAACCGUGUCCAGAAAGAGCAACCUAGUCUGGCAACAAAGCUGCUGUCUACUACUAAACUGACAGAGGUAGGCAAAAAUGGUAAGAAUGUAGAGUCCACCUUUGAACAUCCUGUAAAUCAACCGAUGUUUGAAGGGAAACAGCCUUCAGUUCGCCCUGGUUGUGGGCUCACAUCAGAAGGAAAACCAUCGUUGUUUGAGGGGAAACAGCCUUCAGUUCGCCCUAGCUGUGGGAUCACAUCAGAAGCAAAACCAUCUUUCUUUGGUUCUGCUGGAGUAAGACCGAAUGCUUCUAUCAAUCUCACUCAUCAACAAUCAAAUGCUUCUAUCAAUCUCACUCAUCAACAACCGAAUGCUUCUAUCAAUCUCAUUCAUCAACAACCGAAUGUCCAAACAAGGAACAUUGGCAAAUCUGAGAAUAAGGGUUUGAAACAAGUGGAGUUGAACUCUUUACCCGCAAGCGAUCUGAACAAUGCCAGUCUAGUUUCGAAGCUUACAAGUAGUGCUCCUGCUGCUAUUUCUAAACCUAGAGAGAUGAUACCAAGCAACAUUAACAUUUUAACGUCUAUGCCUUUCAAGCAGCCAGAUGCUAAUGGAGUUGUUAUUGGAGAGUUACCUAAUGGCAAAGUCAGGAAUAAUAGUUUCAAUAGACGGAUGACUGCACCAUCAUCUGAAAGUACAUCAACUCAAACAGCCAGAUCGGCUCCCUUUGUUACCCAUGGGCAAGAGCAGAGUCUUAGCGACCCAGUUCAGCUGAUGAAGAUGUUAGCUGAGAAGGCACAAAAACAGCAGGCUUCAAGUUCAUCCAAUCAUUCCCCGGCCGAAACUCCACCAGUAACUCCAUCAGUUCCACCUGGAUGGAGAGAAGACUUAAGUAAUGCCUCAGCAGCAGCUGCCCGUGCAUGGAUGUCUGUAGGAGCUGCAGGGUUUAAACAAGGACCUGAAAGUUCUAGUUCACCCAAAAACCAGAUCUCUGCAGAGUCACUGUACAACCCGACCCGAGAGUACCAGCAGCAUCUUUCAAGAAUCAGGGCUGAGUUUCCUGCUGGUGGAAUGCCUUUCCAGGCAGAGAAGAACAAUUUCCCAUUUCAGGCACUUGUACCUCAACACAUGCAUGCAGUUGGUGUUUCACAGUUUUCAAACCGGCCUAUGGUUUUCCCUCAAGUAGCAGCUUCCGACUUAGCAAGAUUUCAAAUGCAGCCCCCUUGGCAAGCUGUCCGGCCUCAUAGUCAACCAAGACAGAAACAAGAAACACUUCCGCCUGACUUGAACGUUGAUUUCCAAUCACCUGGGUCCCCUGCAAAACAAUCUUCUGGCGUGCUGGUUGACUCGCAACAACCAGACCUGGCUUUGCAGCUAUGACACGGUGUUCCAAUUCUGAUGCGCAUGUUUCUGCAAAAAUUUGACUCCUUGAAUUUCGGCUCUUGUCAUUGGAUUCUGAUUUUGAUUCAUAAAGUUGAGGAAAAGGUUACCGCUUUGUUACUUUGAAAGGUAUGAAAUGGAUACCAUGUGCUGUAGAAGAUUAUUAUCCCUUGGAUGCUUAUGUUGGGGAUCUUAUGGUUUUCUUAAGUAGGAUUUGACACAAGGUAAAUCACAAUGAGUUUCCUUAUGUUCAAACACUUGGGAGAAAAUAGCUCUAGAACCUUUCCAUAUUUCCCAGAAAGGGAUUAUUGACAUGCUGCAGCAUGUAUUUGUAUUAUCUUGGAGUUGAAAACCACAGAAAAUAGCAACGGGUCAAUUGAUUAUGGUUAAUGCUUAGAUUUUUCAUUAGAUGGUAAAAUAUCCCGUUGAUGCCUUGUACAUUCAUUACAAAUGGAUGAAAUUGAGUUGCCUAGAUUUUCAUUUCAUCAGAAGAUUACAUGUCACAUUUUAGGCCUUAAUGUUAUUAUUCUGUACAUGAAAUGUUUAUGUGUCGCGAAUGCAAGAGCAAAUUUGCUUUUUCUUGUUUCAACCGAUUAAACUGCCUACAUGAAUAUUCAGGUUAAAUACCAUCCACCAUUUGAAAUUGAAAUUA